UUCGCGGUUCACGAACGGCACUACAGUUCGGAUCGAUGUGGUUUUUUUUUAUACUUGCAAAUUUGAACUGUCAAAUUUGAAUUACGCGUUUUCCUAACCUCAAAUUUGAAUCGUUUUUCUAACCUCAAAUCCGUUCGAUUUUCGCGCGCGCAUUUUUUGACAGAUUAUAUUUUUUUAAUUAGUUUAUGGUGCAAGUGCAGUUGAUUGGUGUGAUAAAUGGACUAUUGUUUAAAUAAAUAGGAUGUGCUCUUGUGGAAGUGGCUGCGGUGUUGUGUGAAAAGAUGGCGUAAUGGGAGACAUCUAAAAUGGCAGCUGUAUCAACUACGGUUCACCUUCAAGAUUCGAGGAUAAAAGUGCAGGACCAUAGCGACGAUGAACCUUAUUCCCCUAACACAAGAGAUACCAAUAGCCCUGAAUACCACGAGGAGGAAAAACACGAUGAAAGACCAAUUCACACAUCCUCCUUUUCCAUUCACAACGUUUUAAAAAAGGAACGAGACACCAAUAGCCCAGAAAAUGUAUUCUCGACAGAGAAACUACUGCAGAAUACACCCAAUUACGACGAUACCGUGGAAAGUUCUAGAAACUCCGAGAGUGUCAGUCCACAGUUGGAUGACGAUGAAAAUCAAACGAACGAAUCGAGAGCGGAAAUCAGUGUAGAUGACAACUCAUGUUGUAGCGAUGAUACUGUACUAUCAGUCGGUAAUGAGGCACCAGUUUCAAACUUUGACCAAACAGAAAAAUGUCAAGAUUCAACACAAAGUCUAACGUCGUUUAAACAUAUACAAACGCAUCUAAAUGCAAUAUCGCAGUUAAGUCAAAAUUUAAACAUGAAUCAACCAUUGCUACUCCGACCGAGUCCUAUAACGCCAAAUCCACUCAUGUUCUUAAACCAACCAUUGCUGUUCCAGAAUCCUUUGAUCAGUCAGGUCGAUAUGAAAUCUGGAUUGAGAAUGCCAAUACCGCAGAACAAUAUAAGUGUUAAUUAUGGCUUGAAUUUCGGUGCCAGAAAAAAUGGGAAUCAAACGCAAGAAUUGAGAAAUACUAGGACCGACGAAAAUAGGAGAUUAAAUUACAUGAGCCCAAAGUCACCAGAAAACGAGUCUGCUAGGGAUUUUAUCAAUCAGAGUUGUCUGAAAUUUAGUAUAGAUAAUAUUUUGAAGGCUGACUUCGGGAGGAGAAUAACGGAUCCGUUAAAUAAGAGGAAGAAUUUGAAGGUGCGGCAGUAUGAAACGAAACCUGUUCCUGUGAAGGAGGUUGUGACUGCUAAACCUGAUGUUAUGGAGGCUAGAGUGCCUGAAGUGAAGCCUACUGAAAAAGGAGGUGCUAUUGAUCUGUCUAAAGCAGAAGAUGGCGGCAGUAACCAAGGGUCUGGAUCCGGGUCCACGAGUGGUGACGGUCCCAUGGUGUGGCCGGCGUGGGUCUACUGUACACGAUACAGUGACCGUCCCAGUUCCGGACGAAGUAAGUACCGGAGCGGCUCACGGGAACCACGUCCGCGUACCAGACGGCCGAAGAAACCGCCCGGGGAGACAGGGGGCCCGACAGAUGAGAAACGACCUAGAACCGCAUUCUCUGGACCUCAACUUGCAAGACUAAAGCAUGAAUUCGCCGAGAACCGUUACCUGACGGAGCGUCGGCGACAGUCCCUGGCCGCGGAGCUUGGCCUCGCGGAGGCCCAGAUCAAGAUCUGGUUCCAGAACAAACGCGCCAAGAUCAAGAAGGCAUCAGGACAACGGAACCCGUUGGCCUUGCAGCUGAUGGCGCAAGGUCUGUACAACCACAGCACAGUUCCUUUGACAAGAGAAGAAGAAGAGUUAGAAAUGAAGGCAAGAGAAAGGGAACAGCAGAAUAGAUGCUAAUGGAAGAAAGACUGUCAGAUAAUUUAGACUUUUGUGAAGGAUUUCAAAAUUAUGAGAUGCCACCAGUUAUGUUAGAAAUGUGAAGUGUAAUAUAUGAAUAUGGAAAGUCAUUGGUUGUAAGAUGUCAAGAUUGGGUGGUUGUACAUUCAUCUUCAACUAUAGUUGUGGUAUGUGAAUAUGGUUUUUCUAUUAUGACCACAGAUGUAACAAAGUUUUCAAAGCAAAAUGAUGGAUUUGAAUAAGACUAAAUAUGUAUGUACAUUUUUCGUCCUACUCAAAGACGCCAUAUAAUUGUUUUAAAAUCACAUUUAAAGCAAAUAAAUCUUAAUAUUCUUACGAGAUUUCUCCCGAUUUCCACCGCGGGUCAACAAUUCAGGAGUUUGUCAUCCUCUUUAUACAAAAUUACUUAUACUGCAAC